CUUGUCUGCACCAUUGUUUCUCCUGUGCGCUCCGUGUAAUAGGUGCAGCUGCGGCAAAUGCCGGUUAUGAUAAAAUCUUACAGUCAAGUGUAAUGCUCGCUGUAUUUGAUCUGGCGGAUGUGUCUGAUGAAGGAGAUUGAAGAGUAUGAAUGAUUUUUAAAGCCUGCUCCAUUCUGCAUUCAAGAGCGAAGGGGUCUUGAGUCACGGGGCGGUGAGAGCGAAAUGGAGAGCCCUCAUUCAUCGGCUCUCAUCUGACAUUGAAUCGUCUCAUUCACAUCUCUCUGAGAGAAUUGGAGAAGCCAGGGGGAGGAGUUACAGCACGGCGGACAGAGCCUCACGGCAGUCAUGAGUGGAAUACUGAAGAGGAAGUUUGAGGAGGUGGAGGGGGCGUCACCCUGUUCAUCUGUAAGAGAGUCAGAGGAAGAGGAGAUAUCGAGUACUGAGAGCGGAGACAGCAGCGACAGCGUCAACCCGUCAGCUUCACACUUCAACCACACCUCACCGACAUCUUCCUCAUCAUCAUCAUCACACACGCUACAGCGGACUGCCUCGUCCAUCCUGAAGCGAGAGAAGCGUAUGAGGACGCGCAGGGUUCACUUUGAGAAAGUGACGGUGUAUUAUUUCAGCCGGCGGCAGGGCUUCACCAGCGUGCCCAGUCAGGGUGGCAGUACACUGGGAAUGUCGAGCAGACACAGCUGUAUCCGGCAGUACACACUGGGAGAGUUUGCCAUGGAGCAGGAGAGGAUCCACAGGGAUAUGCUCCGAGAUCAUCUGAAAGAGGAGAAACUCAACUCUAUACGACUGCGGUUGACGAAGAAUGGCGCGGUGGAUUCGGAGGAGGCGAGCGUGCUCACAUUGGAUGACAUCUCUGACGACGACCUGGACCUUGACAACACAGAAGUGGAUGAAUAUUUCUUCCUGCAGCCUCUGACCACCAAGAAGCGACGUGCUCUUCUGCGCUCCUCGGGCGUCAAGAAAAUCGACGUGGAGGAGAAACACGAGCUGCGGGCCAUCAGGGUUUCCAGAGAGGACUGCGGCUGCGACUGCAGACUCUUCUGUGACCCUGAGACCUGCACCUGCAGCCUCGCUGGCAUCAAGUGUCAGGUGGACCGUAUGUCGUUCCCUUGUGGAUGCACAAAAGAAGGGUGCAGCAACGCGGCCGGAAGGAUCGAGUUUAACCCCAUCCGCGUUCGUACUCACUUCCUGCACACCAUCAUGAAGCUCGAACUGGAAAAGAGCCGUGAGCAGCAGCAAAAUUCCGGCCCCGCCGCCACGGCAACCGGCAACGGUUUCCACGGCGACCCCAGCGGUCACUGCAGUCCGCUGGCGACGGGCCAACACGCACUGGAAUACCAAAUCCCAGAUACGGUACCGCCGAGCACCAUCAUGCACCUGCAGUCUGGCGAUGACACCUUAGAAGAAGAAGAGGAGGAGGAAGAAGAGGAAGACGACGAGGAGGAAGAGGAGGAAGAAGAAGAGGAUGAUGAAGAUGACGAAAACGAAGAUGAGAGCAGCAGCCUGUGCAGUCUGUCCGACUCCAGCACGCAGAGCUUGGCAAACAGCGACUCGGAGGACGAUGAAGAUCAGGAAGAUAAAGCUGGAGAGUUUGACGCCGGACUACCGACCGCGACGUCAUGCGGCGAAGUGGCUCCGCCCCCAUCUGUCAUGUGUUACACAGAGAACGCAAUCACGUCGGAUAAUCAAACCAAUGGUAAUUCGUACUUCAUCGGCUCCGCCCCUGAAUACUAUCAGAUGGAAAAUGCUACUCAACCCACAUUGCUAGCUAACGCCAACCAGGCCGGUGAGGUCUACGGAGGCGACUCGACCUCAUAUCAAGACCGGGUUAAUGACUCCGUUAGGGUCAUGCCUCGGGGUCCCUAUAAUGUGACCGCUGAUCAAUACACAGACUACACCCAGCAAAGCGAACAGUCAUACACCGAUCGGCACUUCACGCUCGCUAACGGAUCGACGGCCGUGAUCAGCUGUCGCACUCCAGAGACGGAUAAAAGCGUCCAAUCCAAAGGGACCUUCAUCAGCCAAUCAGGAGAGCUGAGCCAGAUGGAACUCCAAAACUAUCUUAACAACAACAACAGCAGCACGCAGGAUGCCUACACUACCAAUGGGAACUGUUAUGUAGCUGAACAGCCAAAGGAGACGUCUCACAAUCUGUCCGAAGUGUCGCUAGCGGACAACACAACGAAAGGACCGACUUUACUGGAUGCUUUCCCUGAGCCGACCCCGGUUUAAGAUUGCGUUUAGAUUUAAAGAGGAGCCUUCAAUUCUGCACAACAACAAAUAUCUAACGCUGGCCGGAUGAAAUCAUAAAUAUGUAUUUUUACUGAACUUUGCAAGAAGGAAUAUUAUUUAAAUUGCAAAAUCAGAGCGUAUGUUAAGCUUUAGACCUGAACAUGGAGUGCACAACGUCAUCGCAACGUUACGUCAUCCAACGGGACCAGGGGCCGGCUUAUGCAUAAGCACGUUUCUGGCCUGAGACUCGUGCAAUUGUCAUUUCUAAAGAUCUAGUUUUAAUCAGACGUGAAUGGAUCUUUUCUAUGUAUCUGUGUCGGUAGUGCUAUAAAAAAAAAAACGAAGAAAAAAUCAAGAUCGUUGCUGUUCGUGUUCUUCAGUAAGUGUGUAUCUCCGUGUUUGAUAAAAGCAUGUUUUUUUAGCUUUCAUCGCUGGUUUAUGGUUUUGUAAAAGUUCGAUGUACUGUAAAAGAGAAAAUAACGUUGCGUUUUCGUACAUAUGUAUCAUGCUUUUGAAGAGUUAGCAUGAAAACGGCUUUUGAAUACGUGCUGUUCAUUUGCUUUGCUUACGAAACCAAAUUAACAUUAUUUAAGUUGUCAAGACAUUUCCUCAAGAACGUAAUUGCACUUUUCCAUUGGCUGAUGUUACGCGGAACGUGACCAAUUGCUGUAUGAGCACUGAGGGGGCGGGGUUAUCUGGUACCGUGCCAUGCCAACGGCUGUGUUCGGAAUGAAAUAUUACCUUUUUACUUUUUUGCAAACUGUAACAAAGAUAUUGGAUAAAACAAGAUUGAGCAUUCAUAUUACUAUGGAUAGGGGGCAAUGCAACUCUCAAAAUGGGCACUCUGGUGAUGGAAGUCCUACCUUUCAGUUAAAAAAACAAUCAUCAAUCAAUAAAGACUGAUGAUUCUCUGGGGCAGGAGCUCUGCACUUGAGGUCUUCACGGGUCCACUUAGAUCCAAAAAUUCACAUAAAACUGCAUAAAUAUCCCGCAUAUUCCAUCGCAUUUUUUUUUUAAACGUGCCGCAAGUUCAAGGAUUUUUGCAUGCAACAUUCACAAAAAAACUCUGUCCUUUUCUGGAAGGACUGAAAAGCCUCGUUCACGGGUCAGUAUAAUAUUAGCGGCAUCGGGUAAUUUAAAAUGAAUGUGUUGUUGCCGAACACACCAGAGAAGAACCUAAGAAACCCAAGCUAUCUUGCAUGCGUGCAUCGAGUCCUUUUGCCAAGAGCGCUUGCCACAUGUGAUUGGUUAAUUUUAAUUUGAGCCAGACCUGUCAAUCAAUUUUGAAUGGACUUUUUAGCUGCACUUUUGGUUUCGUCAUCAGAUAACAAAGGUAAAUAAAUGGAGCUGCAGGCCAAAUUGGUUGCAAGGCCACCGGCGUUUCUUUCUGUCUGAAUGGUGUGCGGGGCUACUGCACACAUCAGUGACGUUUACGUUCAGGUUAAAAAAAUUGCCACUAGGUUGGGUCGGACUUGGGUCUAAUUUUCUGAGGUUUGUCUCGGUCGGUCGUUCUUCUAAAAAAAUAUUUAUGCACUUUGGGUUCGGGGAAAAAGUGAUUUGGGCCAUUUCGGGUCGGGUAGAUUUCGAGAAGACCUCUACUCUGUACAGAGGCACUUGCCAACCUGUGGAACUUGCCAACUUGCCCAAUUGCUGAAACAACCUCGAAAAGUUGUUUUUAGGCAAAUUUAAGAAACAAUCGUUAUGGUUUUCUUCCUUAAAUUAUUUCGUGGAGUCAACUCAGAUUUACAAGUCAUGUCAACUUAUUAUUUAUUUUGACAAGAGAUGAGAUGCUACAACUUAUAAAAUAUAGUUGAAAAAAGUCAACUUAUCUGUAGUUAAAACAAGUCAUCUCUAGUCAAGAUAAAUAAUAGUAAGUUGGCAUGACUUAUUAUUAUUAAAUUUAGGGCAGCAACAGUGUACAGUUGACAUGAGGUUUAAUUGUUGAUCAAAAAAUGUUGUUUAAUUGUAAUUUUAACACGCAAUUUUAGAGAUAUCUGUCUUUCCCCAUUCAAGUAAAUUGCAUGACUGAAAUAACUGCCCGGAAACAUUGCAAACAUUGCCGCCUAGUGGCGUGACUUCCCUAAAGACAACCUUGCAGCUUGCAUACUGUACUGUAAAAAUAGUAAGAGUAGUAUGUUAUUCCGAACACAGCCUUUGAUCGUAUGCUUUUAUAACAUAUCUCCAGGUUUUGUGGAGACGUGAUAUUUUUCCAUGAUACUAGAAGAAAACGAUCUCUCUUCUGUUUGCAUUUGCUUUUUAAAAGCAGACAGUAGAUAGACAAAUAGUUAGAUAACAGAAUUAACUUUUGAAAUCAGAUUUAGAUGAUAAUGAAAAUGGUGAAUUGAGUGAAUUCUUUGUCUUAUGAAACUCUGAAGUUUUGGGAUUAUACAGGGAUUUCUGACAAAAUGCACUUUGAAAUGCUUCAGGUUGCUGCGUUUGAAGCAUUCCAUUAGAUUCAGGCAAAGAUGAUUUUUAAAAGUGUUUAAAUUAUAAAGAAUGAAAUUCUAAUCUAAUAUUACAUUUGUAAAAGGUAAAUUUAUUGCGUAACUAAUAGUCUUGAAUGAACGGAGGUCAGAACAGAUUUUUUUUAAGUUAUAUAAAAAAUGUUUUAGGGCAUGACUUUUGUUUUCCUAACAUGUGAACAUAAUCUCAGUAACUGUGUGCUAAAGAUUUUGCUUAUUUAAAGGAUUAACUCCACCUUCAUAAAAAUAUCCUAAUAAUUUACUCACCCCCAUGUCAUCCAAGAUGUUUAUGUCUUCCUUUGAAAAGAAAUUCAGUUUUUUGAGGAAAACAUUUCAGGAUUUUUCAACAGGGCUCUAAACGAUCCCAACCGAGGCAUAAGGGUCUUAUCUAGCGAAACGAUUAUCAUUUGAUAGUUUUUAGACCAAAAAUAUAAAAUUUAAGUGAUUUUGUGCAUAAAACAAGCAAAAAAAUAUUUUUCUUGAAUUAAGUGUUUAAGAAAAAUGUUUAAGAUUUUUUUGCUUACCCCAUUGGCAGAUUUUUUUUGCUUGUUUUAUGCACAAAAUCACUUAAAUUUGAUAUUUUUGGUGUAAAAACUAGACUUAUUUUCUUGGGUCGUUUUGCUCAUCAAGAAAAAGCAUCUUAAUUUAAGAAUGUUUAGAUAUUUUUACUGAAAACAAGACAAAAAUACUAAGAUUUCUUUUCUUGAAAAUCAUUUUUUGCAGUGUGUAAAACGCACACUUACGGACCAUUUUUAACAAUAAACUGACACAAAGACAUUAAUUGGUAUCAUUUCACAUACAAAAACGUCUGAACGCUCCUCUUUCUCCACACUUAAACACUGGAGCGUAGUUUCGCAUACGUCAUGCAUGACCUUUCAACGCAAUUACGUAAUAUGUAAGGUCGCGCAGGCGCAUCACACGGCUAGUGCAAUACAAUAAGUUGUGGUUUAAAAGUACAUAUUUUAUAUUUUUUGGGUGAAAAUGAUGAUCGUUUCACUAGAUAAGGCCGUUAUGUCUCGAUUGGGAUCAUUUAGAGCUCUUUGAAGCUGCAUCGAAACUGUAAACCAUUGAGGUCCACUAAAGUCCACUAUGGAGAAAAAUCCUGGAAUUUUUUCCUCAAAAACUUUAUUUCUUUUUGACUGAAUAAAAAAGACAUAAACAUCUGGGGGUGAGUAAAUUAUCAUAAUUUUUUAUGAAAGUGGAGGUAUCCUUUAAUUUACCGAACGAAUCAUUCAGAGGAGUCAUUUGUUAAGUGCAAUAGUUAACUUUGUCUCUGGUUAACGUAUCAGCUAAUAUUUAUUGUCUGAGUAAAGGGUUGAAUCAUUUCGAAUCAGAUUUUUCUACCCAGUUUAAGUAAAAGUUCACCAAAUUUACACAUUAUUUACUCACCCUCAUGUCCUGAAUGUGAUUCCUUUUUUUUGUGAAACACGUUUUAAUAGCUUUUGUCCAUUCAAUGACAAUUCAGAAAAUCUGCAAAGCUCCAAAAAGAACAAAAACACGAUUCAAGUAAAUGAUUAUAGUGGAACAAACAUAGCAGCAUGUUGGUUUGGGAAGACAUGAGAGAGUAAAAACGUUGUAAUUUUAGGUGAGCGUUUCUUUUUAAGCACUGACAGGUUUAGAGAUGAACCUCUUUGUAACGCACAAACAAACAUUAUGAUGCAUCUGUUAGUUUGUUUAUCCUCUUAAAAGAAAGCGAGUCAUUGUCAAAUGAGUGUCCUUCAGUUUACGCUCAAGACAGGACAAUCAAAUGCCUUUAGAUGUCAUCAACACACAAAACAUCAGAUUUAUAAAGGUGAAGUGUGUCGUUUCUCAAUGCUAGAAUUUCAUCAAAGCCAUUACGUCCGAAGACAAAACUUUCUAGGGUACCAACCUAGCAACCACAGAGCAGCAUCCAAAGGACACAGUAGCAACCACAUAGCAACACCCAAGCAUCAGUCGAACACACUUCACCUUUAAAGAUGAUGAUGAUAAGCGAAGAGAAAAUGAUUUAUAAAACACUGAAUGUUCGGAAAGAUUUUGUGGGGCAGAAGAAUUAGAAAUACUGCCUUGGUUUAAGUAAGUGACGACUUGCUUAAAAACAGUGAAUGCCUUCAUUUUGUAAUUGGUUUUUGCCAUUGUUUUAGAUGCUACGGUUCAGUGUUUUGCCUUUUAGAAUUUGUUUUCUGGAUCUUGGUGCAGAAAAUAAAUUUGUCUCUGAUUCACCUUUUGUACACAGCGCUGGUACAAUAAACCUCAGUCGUGAUAUGAAGUAUGAAAUAUAAAACACAAGCAUACAAAUGUAAUGUCAAUAUACGGUCUGUACUACAGAAUGAACUGACGGCAGACAGGAAUCAUCAUAUUAAAGUUCUUCUUCUGUUAAGUAUUUCCUAUGAAUGAUCUAUUAUAAUGUGUAUUUAUUGUGCGUUCCUUAAGCAGUACUGUAUGUAUUGAAUAAAAUUUCUCUUUGUUAA